AUGGAAUCGGUGAGCGGGGUCAGCACCCGAACGGAGCCCACCGUCAGCCAAGCCGAAUCCUCCGCCUGCCAGGUGCAAUCCGAGGACCUCUUUGCCACGCGCGAGCUCAAGGAGCAUGAUGGCCCCGUGAACUCGGUGGGUUGCUGUCCCCAGGUGUGUCCGCAACAAAAUGGGGAGGUGGUCCGCACGCAAGUGAGUGUCCACAACACGCGGCUGUGGCCGCAGCAGGGGAAUGUGAUGGCCCUUUAA